AUGGAAGAGCCUCCAGAAGAGGCUCCGGCGGAAUCGUCGGAAAACCAAAGUACAGCCAAGUCCCCAAAUGACAGCCACACAGACAACCAGGAAGACAACAGGCAGAACCAGGAUGAAGUGGAAGCAGAUGACCAGACUGAUCACGGAGCAGCUGACCAGACUGCCCAGAUAGUGUCUGCCCUGGCUGAACCCAAUGUAGUUAAUCAAGCUGAACACAAAGCAUAUGAAUCCAUGGGAGAAAGAACAUCUGAUCAGGCUGACCUCAGAGCAUCCAACCAUGCUAAUGUUGCCGAUUGUAGAGCAUCUGAUCAGGUUAACCGAAGCAUGUCAGAACAGAUGGACAGCAAGGCAUCUAGCCAAGCUGGUGGUGUGGAGUCUGAACAGACUGACAGCCAGAUGUCUGCUCUGCCUGAACAAGGUACUUCUGAACAGACUGAACGAAGGGCUUCUGAGCAGAUUGAUCACAGAAUGUCCAGCCUGGCUGAGAGAAGAGCUUCUGAAGAGAUUGACCGUAAACCAUCUGUCCCAUCUUUACAAAGAGCCUCUGAGCAGAGUGAUCACAGAAUGUCCCGCCCGGCUGACCAAAGAGCUUCUCAACAGAUUGAAAGUAGAUUGUCCGGCCUGGUUGAGCGAAAAACUUCUGAACAGAUUGAUCAUAGAUUGUCUGACCAAGCUGACCACAGAACAUCUGUAAAGACGCACCGCAAAAUGUAUGAUCAAGCUACUAAACCAGCUGAAGACCAGGCUGCUGACCCUGACAAGGCUGGCGGUGAAUCUGACCAGGCUGAUGAUUUAGUGGAAGCAGAGGAUGAUUACACAGAAGACAACCUGUUUGACUAUGGAGAACGUAGCCGGUCUGAUGAUAGAUUAUUCCACCAGCUUGGCUACAAGGAAGACAAAGAGGCUGACUUCAGAGUACAACCCUGCAAAUUUGAGCCUGGCCAGACAGAUGGCAGCAUAUCCAAGGCUUCCCUUGAAACUGAAACGGAAAGUGUAGUUGAUCUGCAUGCAUUCAUCCCAUUUGAUCACAGAUUGACCAGUACUUUCCAAACAAAAGACGGAGCCUACUCCCAAAGAUUUCCCUCCAUCUCAUCCAAAUUGGACUAUAUCAUCAGUCAAGAAAAAACUCAACCCGUGGAAACCAAGCCUGUUGAUAUUUCAGAAUACCAGGAAAGAAGGAGUUUUCAGGCAUACAAUCAACCUUAUAAGAAGCUGUUCCCUCCUAUAGUAUAUGAAGAUCCUUAUCAAGUUUCACUGCAAUACAUGGAGAAACACCACAUUCUGCAAAUAUUCCAGAAGAUCACUGAAAACCUAGUCUAUGAAAAGCCAGAAGACCCCCUGAGUUUUAUGCUGUGCCAGGUACAGGAAAUGAUACAAAACAGAAAGAAACGUGAAACCUACGAAGAAUGAAUCUCUCCUCAACAUUGUUUAUAAACAUCAGUGUCAACACUAUGUUGUUUCCCACUCUGAAAAAUCAUUUUUGAAUGGUCAUUUGUAGUGACUCUGCCUAAAUGUGUUCUUAUUUUUUAAGUAAAAAUCUACUGAGUAGCUUCGUAAAAUUCACAUAACAGUUACAGAUACCUCUGGCUCAUCAUACAAAAACAUAGGCACAUAUACUUAUCCAUGCAUUGAUAUUUCAGUACUCAUUCCUCCAAAGUACUGAACAGAAACAUGUUCACAAAUCCCAGAGAGGAUCAAGAAAAGAAUAUUAGCAAUUUAUACGCAGUUCCCAAAAGCAUACAAACCCAUCAUGUCUCAAAACUGUUUAUAAAAUUUUCAAUUGGAAAAUGUGUGGAAAAUAAUUCGUAACGGCACUUUUUUCUCUCUUAA